AUGUCGGCUUACACCAUUGUCUACCACGCUGGUGAGUGAGCAACUGCCUCCGGGGCCGAGUUCGACCCCCACAUGGUCGCGGAGAGGAGCAACGGUCAUCCAUGCCUCAGGACGCUCAUUUGACCAAGUCUCGCCCUACCGUACCACAUCUGGUCGAUCGAUAACCAGGUCUGCCCGGACGUGCUGAAGUGAGUUGUACAUCGACACGGUACGGUAGCAGCUGUCGCCGCCGUUCUGACAUGACGGCGUGCCCCCCCCGCCCCACCCCCCGACUCUCGCAGUUCAUUCGCUUGUACCUCGAAGCGACUGCUACCCCGUACCACGACACCGCGACCGAAGAAGGCCAGAAAGCCAUUCAACCCUACGUCCAGGGCAGAUUCGAAGGCUGUGGUCAGUCCCACGAAUUGCGCGUCACUCAAGUGUAGCAUCAAGUCCGAGUCCGACACGGUACUCGGAGAGAACAUCUCUCAACUGAUGUCCUUGGUUAUCACCUCCAAUCCAGAGGACAACCCUACUCCCUUCGCCCCUCCCAUUCUUGUCGUCAAGUCCAGUGGAUCCGACAAAGUCGAGGCCGUCAUCUCACAAACGCCCAACAUCAUCUCGUUCCUCUCGGCGCGUGUGGCGCCCAUCGACCUCGACUCUGAAAGUCCCGCCGCUGCCUCGGACGCGAGCGCUGAGCAGGAGAACCAACAACCUGAAACCAAAAGGCUCAAGCACACGAAGGCUUCUUUGGACGAUGUCAGCCACUUCCAUCAACAAGAAUUGCUGCUGACGAUUCUCGACGUCGUCAACGAGGUGAGCUUGAAAAUUCGGCCGGUCGGAGCCACGUCCUGGGACCUGGGGCGGACUGUCAACUCGAAAGAGUCCUACUGACCAGCAAUCGAGUCUGUUCGAAGGCGCACAAUACGCAUCAUCCCAUCUCGACCUCCAUGUUCUACCACGACCAAAAAGAGGCAGCGCUCCAAACGGCGAAAGAAUUCCGCGAAGCGCGCCUCCCUCGCUACUUCAAGUAUCUCGAGACGGCGAUUGAAAAGGCGGGAAAUGGGUACCUGCUCAAGUCGGGUGUGUCCUAUGUGGAUUUGGCGGCGUUUCAACUGGUCGAUGGGGUCAGUCCGCUCUCGAGCAUGCCUGCACUGCUUUCUCCACUCGAGAAAUUGCGGACUGUGGCUUGAGACAUUGCUCCUCUUCUUCGAUCCUUGCACAGCUCCAAUUCGCGUUCCCAAACUGGCUCGCCAAGAUCAAGCCCGAAUACCCCAAGCUUUUUGAGUUGCACGAGCGUAUUCAGACAUCUCCGAGGAUCGCUCAGUACCUCGCUUCAGAUCGCAGACAGCCUUACUCGGAGUACGGAAUCUUUAGGCAGUACAAGGAGCUCGACAUCGCCGAAGAGUCGUGA